UGAACAAUAAUAAACGACCACAGAAUUUAGAAAAUCAAAUAGAAACAUAAAAGAUGAAAGUUAAAACAUUUCUACGAUAAAAAAAUGGAUAAUCGAAAAAAGAGGUAAGAUUCCCGCGACCUCUAUGUUACAUGUAAACAAACCCUCGUGCGCCAGACGACCCCGAGCGGCGGACGGGUGCGGUCGAGAAACCUGCAUUGUCAUACUUCGAUCGCCUCGGACGCGAAGGCAAAUCUGUAGUUAAUUCCUUGAAUAAUACUUGAACAUCGCAUUUCGUUCGGCCGGUAACACCACAAAUCCACAAGCAUAAUGGAAGACUUCAAUGGAUUGGAGAAGCGAUUCGUGGAGCAACAUAAAAUUCAGCUCGAGUCUUCGGGUGUGCCAAAGCAUUUGUGGCCAACUGUGUUCAAGAAGCUGCAGGGACAGGUGUACGAUGCCGGUGAAAAUUUCCAGCUCUGCCAGCUCACGUAUUCAGAUGAGGAGCACGAGGAAGGCGACCCUCUGUGGCAGGUCAUUGUCAUCAAGCAGGACGGCAUGAAAGCUAGCGAUCCUGACAGUGUGUUCCUGAUCGAUCAUGCCUGGACGUUUAGUGCCAACGAGUCACGUCAACACUUGACAAUGAUCCUGGGUUUGCUGGAAAGGAUGGUGGCACUGAUGGACAUUCCAAAUGAAGACAAUACAAGGGAGGAAUUUGUCGAGAAAGUGCUAAGGGAGAUGUGGAAGUUCUGUGACACGUACAGUCUUGUGGGAAAGACCCCGGAAGAACGCCUUCCAGUAUGGUACAUCAUGGACGAGUUUGGUGCGCGGAUUCAGCACUGCGGAGAACCGAACUUUAGGGUUGUUCCCCUUUACUAUUCUCCACAUCAGUGUUGUUACUCCUUGCUUUUCCCUAUUCAGGAUGUUGAAGAAGGCGACGAGGUUACAAGGAACUAUGUAGAGACGCCACCUGUCGAUUCUGUCACCAGGGACGCCCAGAUGCUUCCUUGGUUUCCCGUCGACUUGACACAUGUCGAUCCGCAUCAAACGGAGCCGCCAUCCGAUUUCUUUGAGGACACAGCCAGGAUUGAACUCCACUACCAGCAGCUAGGACGCGCAGACCAAAGAACCACACAAAAUGACGCAGAAGAUGGGGCAAGUAGUAGUGGGAAAAAUCCAUUCGGUGGUCCAUGUUACACCCUUGUCCAUGCUUCUUUUAGAAAUGUUUGGUGGCUCUCCAUUCUUGGUUCUAAAGUGGCCGAUACACCGUAUUUCACGACUGCACGGGUGUUAGAGCUUUCACUACAGCAUUAUGGACCACCAUGA